CGUUUUCCAGUGUUACACAAAAAUUAUAGUCAGGGCGCGAGCAAUCUAUGCGAAACCUUCGGUAUUCUCCAUCUAAGUCCUUUACAUAAUCGUUCAUACUCGGUUCUUCGCUCGGAAAAUUCGGAUUUGAGUAAUGGGUAAGAGAAAAUCAAGCGCAAAGGCCCCUCCAAAGAAACGGAUGGAUAAGCUUGACACUGUCUUUAGCUGUCCUUUCUGCAAUCAUGGGACCAGUGUUGAAUGCCGCAUUGAUAUGAAGAACUUGAUUGGGGAAGCUUCAUGCAGGAUAUGUCAAGAGAGCUUUAGCACUACCGUCACAGCUUUAACUGAGCCAAUAGACAUAUACAGUGAAUGGAUUGAUGAAUGCGAGCGGGUGAACAACCUAGAAGAUGAUGGUGCUGAGUGAUUGUGAGAAUCCACUUCUAAUAGUUGCUAAAGGAAUAAGUGUCCAUCUGUGUGUUUUCUUCAGCUUGUAAUUAUAUAAGAUCUUAUGAGCACUGGUGCAACAUCAAGCUUAAUUCCAUAUACACUCUUUUAGAAGAUUGUAAUGCGGAUGUACUCAAGAGGCUUUAUGUGAACCAUAUUUUAGUUUUUGUUAGACGUAUAAUAAGUUGGUAGUAUAUGUAGAAAUGGGUUAGAUUGACGUGAACUUAAGUGGAUUUUGUCAACAUGUUUA